AUGGCCACUGAUACAGAAGGUAACAGUGGACAAUUAAAGAAAUUGUUAGCAAUACGAGGAGGAAAUAGAACCUCCAUUACGAAGCUUGAACGACAAGCCACGGCUCUUCUUGAAGAACUAAUUAAUGAAAAUGGAGAAAAAGUCGAGAAGGUGAUUCGUUUAGAAACGGCACAAAAGUCUCUUCGAGAAAAGCAAACGUAUGUGAACGGACUAAACGAAAAGAUACUGGAAUUAUGUCCAGAAGUUAACAUUGAAAAAGAAAUCGAUGAAACGACGGAGCUGAAUUUCAGAAUCGAUGAAAUUCUGGGAAGGAUUCAAGCUUUUAAAGACGGUCGUUACGCUCAGACCAAUGCAUUCGGAGUUGGGAGUGGAACGACACAAAUUAUUACGUCAACGCCUUCCAGAGAAGCUGAAAACGUUGAACAAGCAACAAACAACGAACAUGGUCUCAAUACAAGCGGGGUUACCAUGGGAUCUGUUGCCAUUCGUCUGCCAAAAAUAACGCUCCCACGAUUUAACGGAGAUAUAACACGUUUCAUGUCCUUUUGGCAGAGUUUCGAGAAUGCCAUAGAUAAAAACGAAAGCAUAACUGCAGUUGAUAAGCUCAACUACUUGGUGAAUUUGUUGGAGGGUCCAGCAUACCGUGCAGUAUCAGGACUCGAACUGACGGAACAAAAUUAUUUAAAUGCAAUGGAAAUUUUGAAGGCAAGGUUUGGCAACAAACAACAAAUAAUCUCGACGCAUAUGCAGGCUCUCCUUGGACUACAAAACUGCCCAAACGAAAACGUGAAGCAAUUGCGCUUCAUUUACGACAGCAUAAAUGUACACGUAAGGGGGCUUGAAGCCCUUGGUAUGAGUUCUGCAAGUUAUGGCAGUUUAUUAGUACCAAUCCUUAUGGCAAGAAUGCCACGAGAAAUUACAUUGCAUGUCGCCAGAAAGACGACCGAGGAAGUUUGGCCGAUAAAAGAAAUAUUGGAGAUCGUCAAAAAGGAAAUUGAAGCCAGGGAACUGAGCGAUAACAUCAAGCCCGUCGAAAGGAAAUUUGACAAAACUUCAGGAUAUGGACCAAAAUCACCACAAGGCACUACGAAGACAUUUUUGACGAAAGACGAAAAAGUGCAAGAUUGUGUUUAUUGUGGGCAUGCACACUCUCCGUCAAGCUGCAAAGAAGUCCAGGAAAUAGCGGGUAGAAAAAGGAUCCUAUUGGAGACCAAAUGA